CGCAGCAGGCUUUCGGUACAGUUUUAAUUCUCUGCAAACGUCCCCAAAAACCAGCAAAUAUGACCAGGAAAUUCUUUGUUUGUGGAAACUGGAAGAUGAACGGCAGCAAGAAAAGCAUCGGGGAGCUCAUUCAGCUCCUGAACCAAGCCAAGCUGGACCCCAGUGUCGAGGUGGUGUGUGCUGCUCCAACAAUCUACCUGGACAUGACCAGGUCCAAGCUCGAUCCCAAGUUUGGCAUGGCCGCUCAGAACUGCUACAUAGUUCCCAGUGGUGGCUUCACUGGGGAGAUCAGCCCUGCGAUGAUCAAGGACUGUGAUAUAAACUGGGUGAUUCUGGGACACUCUACGAGGCGCCACAUCUUUGGAGAGAGUAAUGAGCUGAUUGGUAAGAAGAUAGCUCACGCUCAGGAGAACAGUCUUGGUGUGAUUGUCUGCAUUGGAGAGACGCUGGAUGAGAAGGAGAGAGGCAUCACAGAUGAGGUCAUCUUUGCUCAGACCAAAGCCAUCGCAGACAAUGUGAAGGACUGGAGCAAAGUCGUGAUCGCCUAUGAGGCCGGGUGGGCCAUUGGCACUGGGAAGAGUGCCACCCCACAGCACGUUCAGAAUAUUCAUGAGAAGGUGAGGGAGUGGCUGAAGACCAAUGUAUCCGAGCCUGUAGCCAACUCUGUAAGGAUCAUCUACGGAGGUUCUGUGAGAGGUGAUAGCUGCAGAGAACUUGCCACCCAGAAGGAUAUUGAUGGUUUCAUUGUGGGAAAAGGCUCCCUGAAGCCAGAGUUUGUUGACAUCGUCAACGCCAGGGCAUAAAAUAUGGGCAGCUGCAAUGUGAUCGGAUUAGAGUCCAACUCCAUUCAGAUGGGCCAGUUCUUCAUCCCUCGUGAUCAGCACUUAGUACUCUUCCCCUUUUUCAUUCAGAGUAUUUGUGUGAUGAUGUCAUUCACAUCUUUUCCUUUAUUUUGGGGGGUACAUUUUGCCACAAAGAAAAGGAACAGGCACACACUGUACUCUACUCAAAGUUAAAUCCACUUCUUAUAGUCUGUAAAUACCAGCCACAACACCAAGUGCUCAAGCUGUAAAGACUGACGAUUAUACCUUGAGAGUUCACGAACUUUUUUUGUGUAAAACAGUGUGACAGCUCAUGUUGAUCAGAUUUGUCUUUUUACUGGUGUUGCUCUUAACUUCUCUGUGGCUUUUACCUCGCUCUGGUUUUUGCAUGAUUCAUUCUCUUGCUGGUUUUCCUGCCAAUAGUAAAGUGUAAAUUAAUUACAUGUUAAUCACACUGUGUGUCACAGCUGAUGGGUAUAAGGACAGGAAAGCUGUAAGGAAACAAUAAAUGGUUUAGAGACUU